AUGGAAAAUGCUAGUAGCGAAAACAGUAAUUCUCAUAAGGAUAAGAACAAUAAAGAGACCCAUAACCAGGAUGAAGAGACUAAAACAUUUGAAUGUAACAUAUGCUUGGAUAAUAUCGAGGAUGCAGUUGUUGGAAUAUGUGGUCAUUUAUUUUGGUUAGUCGAACUGCAACAUUUUAAUAAUUAUAGUUACAGUGUUGGGUUCAACUAUAUAUUAAAUACUAAAUAUUUAGUAUAAUAGGUACCAUCUGUAAAAAAAAUAGGUUAAACUUUAUUUGACACCAUUUUUCUCCCAUUAUCUUGAUAUACUAAAUCUAAAAUUUUUUUUUUGAAAUUCAGAUAAUAAAAAAACUUGAUACAAAACAUUAACAAAUGUGUCAUAUGAAUGUAAUAUAUUAAAACAUUUUUAAUGAAUUCAUAAAUAAUAAAUCUUAUAUAUAACAAAUACUUUUUAGUGAUGAUUUAAAUGGAGCUAACUAGUUAUAUUUAUAUAUAACAAUCAAUACUAUGUCAGUUUAUCUUCUAAUUACUUGUAAACAGUGAGAUCCUUAAAUAUUAUGAGUAAGAAGCAUACUCAUUUUUGAUGUGCAGAUGUUCAUAUAUCUAUCAAAUGUCAUAAAAUGUCCAUUAUAAAUUUUGUUGUUUUUAAUUCCAUUGACUAUAAACAAUUUUCAAAUAUAUUAUUAAUUAUUAUUAACUGUACAUAAACAUUAUAGAACUUACAGUUUGGAUCUAAUCUAACAUUACUUAUAGAACAGGGAUCUAAUCAAACUAUAGUUUAUAUCAUGGGCUAAGAAUGAUCUUUCAUAGUUUGUGGUUUAUAUUAGGGGAUUUAAAUACUAUCUGAAUAUUAAAGGCAUUCCUAGUGAAUAUAAUAAUAUACAUAAUAAACUCUUUAAUAAAAAUAGAAAUUAGAUUAAAAAAUUAUUCUGUUUUAAAAAUAAAACCAUUAUAAUAAAGGAUCUUGAGUUAAUAUGAGUUAAUAGGGUUAAAUAUAACUUGAAACAAUUAAUAAUGGUUACAAUACCACAUUUUUAGUACAUAGAAUGAUAUUCUCUAAUUUUUUUGAACUAUGUUCAAAAUAAAUACCAUAUACUUCGGAGACAGAAACAAAAAAUAAACCGAAUAUAUACACAGUAAAACCAAUACAUUCCUCUCUGCAUUUAGCACAUAGAAUGGAAUAUUUAAAUUUUUAGAGAAAUAAAAAUAAAAUAUCAAUAAAAGUAGGAAAUUCAAUGUCAAGUAGACUUAAAAAUGAAUUCAAAUCUACUUUGGAAAUUCUUGCCGCUUCACUAGACCAAUUGAUAUAUUGAAAAUAGAACACAUCUAAAUUAUUCCUACAUUGCAUAUGUGUAAGUCAAAGACAGAAAAUCAUUGAUUCCAGUCAUCUUAGAUUGAUCUCAAGCUGAUAUUAAAUAUUUCUUAUUCUUAAAUAUUAUUUUUAUAUUUAAUUUAAUAGUUCAUUGUUGUUUUAGGUGAAAAGCUAAAUACUUUAUAAUAGAUAUUCAAUUGAUCACACUAUAAUCCCUAUAAUUUAUUAUAAAAUUAUUUAACAAUAUCUUUCAAAUUUCAGCUGGCCAUGUUUACAUCAAUGGUUGGAAACAGAACCAAGGCAUCAAGAAUGUCCAGUGUGUAAAGCUCACAUAAGUAAAGAAAACGUUAUACCAAUUUAUGGGUGUGGAAAUACUAAACGAGAAGAUCUACAGUAAUUUAAAUUUUUUCUGACAACAUAUUAGUUACAUUAUAUAUGAUAUGNCUAAUAAUAUAGAUAAUAUAUAAUAUAUAUAUCUUAAAUAUAUAAUUUAUUUAUAAAUCUUAAAUUUCCUAAAGAUACAAUUUUGACUAAAUUUAAUAUCUUCAGAAAACAUGCUUUCUAUGAGAAGUCAUUCUUUUCUUGAAGUCUAACAUAAUAAAAUGUUGUUAUUAAAAUUUUCAUUUUGUAAAAAUUAAUUUUAAAUUUACUGUAGUUUUUUUAUUGCACCUUACAAAAUAUUCCACUUUCAUAACUGCUAUAUAUGUAAUAUUUCUUUAAAUGUUGUCUUUGUUAAUAAUAAUUGAAGAAUGAAACCCUAUUGUUUCAUAAGGUUUUUUUUUUUAGAAACAAUGAACCACCAAGGUCAACUGGCAAUGGAACUGAACUUGAUACUCACAUAGUAAACUAAAAUUAUUUUAUAUUUAUUUGUUAUUAAAUUUAUUUUAUUUAUACAUUUUUUAGGAUAUGUCUGAGAAUCAUUUGAUGGAAGAAAAUGAAAUAUUUCCUCUUGACCUCUUAACAUCACUUCCACCUACAG